ACACACACACACACACACACACACAACCCACCAUACUGGCUCUCGCCCCAGGAUAGAAGCUGCCCAGAAACUGCUGCCUGGCUUUUUUUUUUUUCCCUUUUUCCAAGCUGUCUUAUCUCAAACCCCUUCCAGCUGAGGAACUAGAAUCAGCAGUGAGAAGUGGAAGCUUUCCCACUGCUUCCCUCACAACGAAGAGGCUGUGGUUCUGUCCACUGUCCCCCACUGGAUCCCACGCAGAGAGAGGCUCUGGGCCAAGAUGAGCCAGCAGACUGUAAACCGAGGGUCCCAUGGGCCCUCCAACCUCAGGUGACCAGCUGAUGAGGAUUGUCAUGUUUAAGCUACCAAUGUGCAACCAACUCUCCAUAAAUGCCUUUGUGAGCUGAAAAGGGAUUGGCAGAGUCAAGCGAAGACAGGGCUCUGGCUUUCCAGGGAAAGCAGCAAACAGCCCGCCCCUAGGUGAGCUUCACAGAAGCCCUCUCCUCACUGCUGUUCAGCACCUGCCCGGAAGUCACCGUCACUGUGGAGCCUGGGCUGGGAUCAGACUUCCUUGCUUUGGUGUAAGGGUGCUCACUCCUCACCAGGCUGUUGUAGUAUUUGGAUUUGCAUUCCAGUCCUUAGGAAGGGGGUCCUGAGGGCCAGCACUGAGGAUUGAAGAGGGAGGGGUAUGGGGUUCCUUCCUAUUUCCAUUAUGCCACAGACCCUUCACCUGGUUCUGAAGAGCCACUCUGACCCACAUCCCCUCACAGCAGUCCCACCUUCUCCAGCCCAUCCCUGCACAAGUUCCCUGCAUGCCCACCUCUCUCCAUUCUCCUCCCCUCCCCCUUUUCUUCUCAUGGAGACAGUAUUGCUUUCUGUCUCUUCCUUCUUUGGUCCAGACCCAACCUGACCAACGAUGACCAUUUCUUAGGCUCAGCUCUUGAAACAGGAAUGAGUGUCUGCACUUCAGCCAGCAGCUUGGUCUUCGGUGCUUUCAGGGUCCUGGGGUCUGUUGGGAGGGAAGAGGAGAACUAGGCCUGACUGAACCAGAGCUACCUGACCCUCAGAGGCAGAUCUAAGACAUCCUCGAGACCCUAGCAUUUCUCCUUGGAUAGGGGACCAGAGGGGCUUGGAAUGUGGCAUAAGAACAAGGAGAAGUUACCUAAAGGAUGUCAGUGUUUUCUCCCUCUGCAUGGGUUGGAUUUUCCAAAGUCACACCGCAGAAGGUCAGCAAUUAUAGUGAAUAUGUGAUGAUAAACAAUGAGGUGGCCACGCUGGUGUGGGGCCCCUCCCCCUCACAGCCUUGGCCCUUCUCCACUGAUCAGAACCCAGGUCAGGGGAUCUCAGAAGACAUGGGUGGAGGGCAGGGGAGAUGCCCGUGGUUUUUGGCACAGUUGUUAAUUUCACUGGGAUUUUGAAUUCUUUUCUGUCUGAACACAAAGCCUGUGCUAGUCCUAGCCGGACACUAGGGGGGGGGGGGGGGGGAAGAUGCUGUAAUGAAACUGGUUAGUCAAUGUUGUCUUAAUAUUGUUGACAAUUCUGUAAAGUUCCUUUUUAUGAAUAUUUGUUUAAGCUAUUUCACCUUUGUUUUGAAAUCCUUCCCUUUUAAGGAAAAAAUGUGACACUUGUGAAAAAGCUUGUAAGAAAGCCCCUCCUCCACCACCUUUUUUUUUCUUUAAACCUCCUUUAAAUGACAAAUCUUCUAGGUAAUUAAGGUUGUGAAUUUUUAUUUUUGCUUUGUUUUUAAUGAACAUUUGUCUUUCAGAAUAGGAUUGUGUGAUAAUGUUUAAAUGGCAAAAAUAAAACAUGAUUUUGUGCAAUUAACAAAAAGCUACUGCAAGCAAAAUAAAAACGUUUCUUGUUAACACAACUGUGACCUUGGCGGUGGUCUGCGCCCAGACAUCGAGUGCCGUGCGGUGGUGGGAGGGGUAGGGCCCGGCGUGGAGCGGAGCGGCGGCCUCUUCAGCACGGCGACGGGACUGUAGGGUCCGCGCGUUAGUCCCUCCCGGACCGACGGAACUAGUGGGCCGGAGGCGAGAUCGGGCGGAAACAAGGUUCCCCGUCGGCCAAUCGCCGGGCGCGGCGAGAGCAAGCUAUCGGGCCGGCCAAUCGGUGAGUGUGCGCGGAGCAGGGCGCCCUAUCAGGGCCGAGAAGGGGCGGGACGAGCGUCCCCGGCGCUCCGGCCCGACAGUAGCGAUGGAUACGGCGCCGGAGUGCUCAGCGCCCGCGGUUGGUGCGGGCGGUGUGCCGGGCGAGCCGGAGCAGGCGGGUUCCGGGGCGCUCACAGCGUCGCGAGCUGGAGGCGGGGCGGGCGCCCGCGCAGCCAAUCGGCGGCGGGGGGUGGGCCCGGGCGCGACGGAGGACUGAGCGGCGAGCGGACGGCGGGCCGGUGACGGUCGCUGGGCAGCGAGCGGCGGUGAUGGCGACCGUGAUGGCAGCUACGGCGGCGGAGCGGGCGGUGCUGGAGGAGGAGUUUCGCUGGCUAUUGCACGACGAGGUGCACGCCGUGCUGAGGCAGCUGCAGGACAUCCUCAAGGAGGCCUCUCUCCGCUUUACUCUGCCGGGCUCAGGCACCGAGGGGUUCACAAAGCAGGAGAACUUCAUCCUGGGCAGCUGUGGCACAGACCAGGUGAAGGGCGUGCUGACUCUGCAAGGGGAUGCACUGAGCCAGGCGGACGUGAACCUGAAGAUGCCCAGGAACAACCAGCUGCUGCACUUUGCCUUCAGGGAGGACAAGCAGUGGAAGCUGCAGCAGAUCCAGGACGCCAGGAACCACGUGAGCCAAGCCAUUUACCUCCUUGCCAACCGGGAGGAGAGCUACCAGUUCAGGACAGGAGCAGAGGUCCUCAAGCUGAUGGAUGCCGUGAUGCUGCAGCUGACCAGAGCCCGAAACCGGCUCACCACUCCAGCUACCCUCACUCUGCCUGAGAUCGCUGCCAGCGGCCUCACGCGGAUGUUCGCCCCCGCCCUGCCUUCCGACCUGCUGGUCAACGUCUACAUCAGCCUCAACAAGCUCUGCCUCACCGUGUACCAGCUGCAUGCCCUGCAGCCCAAUUCCACCAAGAACUUCCGCCCAGCUGGAGGUGCCGUGCUUCACAGCCCCGGGGCCAUGUUCGAGUGGGGUGCACAGCGUCUGGAGGUGAGCCACGUGCACAAGGUGGAGUGUGUGAUCCCAUGGCUGAACGAUGCCCUCGUCUUCUUCACCGUCUCCCUGCAGCUCUGCCAGCAGCUCAAGGAUAAGAUCUCUGUGUUCUCCAGCUACUGGAGCUACAGGCCUUUCUGAACAGAGCGCCCAAGAGCCUGUCCCCCUGGGAAUGGCCCCUGCCCAGGGAGUCCCUGUUCCCCCCCACACACACACACACACACACAUAAACACGCACGCACCCACACACACAAAGUGCCGACCAGAGCUCGGCACUGCGGGCUAUUUAUUUCCCUCUUCACCCUGCCCUGCCUGUCACAUCUGCACAGAUGGGACUGAACACUGGACCCACUGGGAGGAAGUGACACUGGCGUGCUUUUUGUUUUGAAUGGGGGAGGUCAGGAAGGCGGAGCUUCAAGGUAGCCUAUAGUCCAAGCCCUGCCCUCGCCCCAAGGCAGGAACCUUUGGACUCAGGCUGGGGCCAGGCCCAGGGCUCUCCUUCCUCCCCUCUUCGCAGCCUGUCCUCCAGGAUGGCAAGGGGCAGCCACACACCCCCUCCCACUGGAGCCUGAGGAGUGGGUGGUGGCCCUAAGCUCUGAGUUGGGGAAGGAGGACAGAAGCUGCCCACCAUGAGCUGUAGUGCCCUUGACUGUGUUCGCUUGGCAACCCUGGCAGGGCCUUCAAGAAAUAAAGAUCAUCCGAUUUUGCCUGGA